GCCGACUGACUCACUGUGUCUGCUCUCAGAUGCUUCGACAUCUCGCUGCCUUCCUCCGUACCAGCUUGUUUUCCUGCCAAGUCUGGGAUUCUAUUCUUCUUGCUGUCUUGUUCUUCAUCCUCCACCCACUGACGUCAGUGAAACGUUUCAAUCUCUUAUGAUAUUGAGGUUAAUCUGAUUAUGAAGAUUACCUCUAAGAGAAUUCCUCAUCAAUGACAGCCAAGAUGGAGACUCCUUUCUACCAUGACGACUCCCCCGCCAUCCACAGCUUCAGCCAGUUUCCAGAAUACGAGCGUUACGCUGGAAACAAGAUGUUAAUGUGUAAGAAGGCCAUGUCAAUAGGCAGCCAUCAUUUCCCUGGCAGCGGUAGUAGUUUAGCCGGAGGAAGAGGUACGAACCCCAACAACCUUGGACUUGCCAACAACAGCUCCCUCAUGACAUCAUCGGCGUCCUCGGCUGACAUGAACCUGCUGAAGCUAGCUUCUCCUGACCUGGAGCAUCUGAUUAUACAGUCCAACCAGGGAUUGGUCACCACCAGCCCUCUGUCCACCUCCACCAACCCGUUCAUGUAUCGAAACCAGGCCACCAACGAGCAAGAAGGCUUUGCCGAUGGCUUCGUCAAAGCGCUCGCGGACCUUCACAAGCAGAACCAGCUGGUGGGAGGUCACAUGUCGCCAUCGUCCUCCUCCAGCGUCUCCUUACAGGCAUCUUACCAGAGGAACUUGAUGUCCACUAGCGACAUGCCCAUCUACACCAACCUGAGCAGCUACAACCAGGGACAGAUGGCGUAUUCUGGAGCACAGAUGACAUACAGCGGUAGCUCAGGCCAUAACGGCGGUGGAGCCCCUCAACACCACACCAGAGGUCUGGAUGCCCCUCAAACUGUCCCUGAGGUUCCCCAUUUACCUGGAGACCCUACUUCGCCACCUUCCCUCUCCCCCAUAGACCUAGAGACACAAGAGAGAAUCAAAGCUGAGCGCAAAAAGCUGCGCAACCGGAUCGCGGCAUCCAAAUGCCGUAAGCGUAAACUGGAGCGAAUCUCGCGCCUCGAGGAGAAAGUGAAAAUCCUGAAGAGUCAGAACUCAGACUUGGCCUCCACCGCUUCGAUGCUGCGGGAGCAGGUCUCUCAGCUCAAACAGAAGGUCAUGAGUCAUGUUACCAACGGUUGCCAGAUUGCCGUCAGCUCUCCCAACAAAUCUGGAGGUAGAGGCGGCAAUGCUGGGAACGAGGACUCCAGCUGCUGAGGAGGGGGGAUAUCAGAAGAACAAGCGAAGGAGAUAAAUCAAAUUCAUGGUUUGUCAAAUGUGGGAAUUUCACUUGUGCUCGAUGUCGUUAAAACAGCUCGGUGCAAGUGGCUCGGGAUCAGUUAACGUCCCGUGAAACAAAGGGGUGGUUUAACGACACUUAGCCAGAGAUACCCAUCGAACACUAGUGAACGUGAUGGGCGACUAAUAGAAGACAAGAGGUUCCUUGUCCAUGAAGAAAGUUAAAUGGGAUGGUUUGCAUUUCUAUGGUGAUGAAUAUUAUUUAUAAAGACAGUUGAGCAGGAUUUACACAACUUUGAAACACUUUAAACAGCUGAACUAUUAUUUAUUUUCUAACUAUUUUGCAUCUCAUAACACUUCAAGUUGAACUUAUUUUGAUUAUGUUAAAGUGGGCUUUUUAAUCAUUGGAAUUUUAUUUUUGAAGAAUUAAAUCAACCAGAGUUGAGAACGUGUAUGAAUACUUCACUAAAAUCAGUGGUGUCAUUAUUGAGCAACUUGUUGAAUACCUUCGAUUAGACUCUGACUGUAUUUCUGAAUUUAUCAUUUUAAAAAUGCACUGAAAAAGACUUGCGUCGACCAACAUGUUGAUGGAAUUCACUUUUCUGUUACGUUACUGUGUUUGGUUUGUGGUAUUUGAUUUCAUUACAUGUGUACAGAUCAACUCUGGUUGAAAGUCCAAUUUUGAAAUGUAAAUUAUGGGAUUAUUCAUGUGUUGCUGCUGGAAAUUCUAAACGUUUAUUGCCACUUUAUGUAAAAAAAUAAAGUCUAAUGCUCAGUCGUUA